CGCCUGCCCAAAAUGCCUGCACUUGUUACGGAUUCAAGCUCUAAGAAGCGCAAGAGCGGUAAGAAUGCCAGCGGCCCGUCCUCCAAGCGCCGCGCUGUCGCCGAGGACAAUUUCGCCGAGAAACUGUCUACUAUUCAAGAGCUAGAGAAUCAAAUUGCGGAGUCGCGGAAGGGCUACAACAAUAUUGCGACCCUGCUCUCCAUGCUCAAUGUCGAGAAGUCGGCCGAGAAACCUGAGAUGGCUGUGGCCGUCUCUCUUUGCCGUGUGUUCAGCCGAUUGAUCGCCGGAGGAAAUUUGACCGAGUCCAGCCGCGCCGCUGAGAACGAGAAAAUCGUUGUGGCAUGGCUGAAGGAGCGUUGCCUUGAUUAUCAGAAUGCUCUUGUGGCUAUCAUGCGUGAGGCAGAUGCUUCCUCUCAGAUUGCUGCUCUGACGCUGAGCAUGCGCAUUGUCAAGGAACGUCUUGCCCAUAUCCCAGGUGCCGAGAAUAAUGUUUGGUCAACGGGUUUCUUCAAAGACAUCUUCGCGGCCAUCAUCGAGGCCCACAACGGCGAAGAUCUGCAAUCCGAAGCCGUCACCAAGUUUGUGAAGGAGUAUGAGGAUGUGAGAUAUCACACUUUCACACAGAUGGCUGAUUAUGCCUCUACGAAACGAUCCCCCGAAGUCCUUGAAACCCUGAUUAAGAUCCUUCAGACCUGCGAUGAGGUACCUGGAGCGGAACACAAGUUCGAAAACUUCUACGCGAAACGAGACACCAAGAAUAAGCGCUUAGUUUCCGCGAACUCCCACAGGAAGCAGGCACAGGAGGCAUGGCUGGCCAUUCUACGAAACAACCUCUCGCAAUCGCAGCGCAAAAACCUGCUGCGUAUGAUGGUGCAUAACAUCGAGCCGUGGUUCAACCGACCGGAACUGCUGAUGGACUUCUUGACGGACUCAUACAAUGUCGGUGGUGCAACAUCUCUCCUCGCACUGUCUGGUCUCUUCUACCUGAUCCAGGAAAAGAACCUGGACUACCCUCAAUUUUACGCCAAGCUGUACUCUCUCCUAGAUUCCGAGCUGCUGCACUCAAAGCACAGAUCACGAUUCUUCCGACUGCUGAACACCUUCUUGUCCUCAACCCAUCUUCCGUCCACAUUGGUGGCCAGUUUCAUCAAGCGUCUCGCUCGUCUUGCACUGAAUGCCCCUCCCUCCGCCAUUGUGGUGCUCGUUCCGUUCAUGUACAACUUUUUCAAGAAUCACCCCACAACUACAUUCAUGAUGCACCGAUCUAUUCGGGAUAAGGAUCAACUCGCGCAAGUGGAAAAGGAAGGCAUGGACGAUCCAUUCGAUCCAAACGAGUCUGACCCCAACAUGACCAACGCCAUUGAGAGCAGUCUUUGGGAGAUCGAGACCCUUCAGUCUCACUUCCACCCUAACGUUGCGGCCAUUGCGCGGAUCAUCUCCGAGCAGUUCACAAAGCAAGCAUACAGCCUGGAAGAUUUCCUUGAUCACACAUAUGCGGGCAUGGUAACUGCAGAUCUUGGAGUGGAAGAGAGAAAUCUCAAGAAGAUUCCUGUGGUCGAGUACCAGAUUCCCAAGCGUAUCUUCACAGAUCGUCUACUAGAGGAAGAUGGUGGCGUGGACUCUGGUCCAGGGUGUUUCAUGCGGGAUUUGUGGGAGUUCUGAGGGGUUCAUAUAUCAGCGUAUACCAAUUCAAUUUGUUUGACAAUG